CGCUGAAUGAGAGCGUAAGUAUAGUACAGACAGACAUGCACGCAUCCGCGUCGUUAUUCGUGUAGUUAGCGUUGCUCGCUUUCUCUCACUCUAUGGUCUCGUCUCCACGACACUGUACUCUUCCAUGGGCCGUGCUUCAUUGUAACUCACCAUGCCGCACGUUAUCACCGUGGCACGCUGUGCAAAACAUUCGGUGACAUGUCUACUGUGCAUGUAGAUCAUAUAGUGUAGCGUGCAUAGUUUGCGAAGUAGUGUUUCGGUAAGGAUUCGGGAUGUGGUCCCACAUAGCAAGGACAGAACCGUGAGUUUGGAUUAUGAAAUCGCUGUGCAUGUUAUUCCGAGCAUGCGGAGCGAUGAAGACAACGCACUGUUUGCUGUUGGCGACGAUGUUUUCAAUAAAUCGACUCAUACUCGCUCACGUGAAGCUGACGUUCCCUCCAGCAAGAUCGUACGCUCUGGAUUUCUUGGACAGCAGAUGGACAGUACCGCCAUGUGGGAUGCCGAAAGGUUUACCGGCGAGUCCUGUGACAACACUAAUAGCAGGAUCAACUAUCAACGUUACCUGGCAUAUUGCAUACCCAAAUAGGGGCGGUUUCAAAAUUGAGCUGCGCAACAGCAACAGCGACCUUUUAGAAACGCUUUACUCUUCGAGAGAUCAAGUUACCGCCAGUCCUGAUUACACAGUUCUCCAUUCAGUGACGUUGCCCACGACAGAGUGCAGACAUUGCAUGCUGCGGUUGCUAAGAGAUGCUGAGGAGUGGAACUCUACACAAUGGAGCUGCGCAGAUGUAGAAAUUGUCUCGGUGCCUACAGAUGAUGCUUGCUCAGGAAGAGGAAGUUAUGAUACUGCAGCUGGCUGUGUCUGCAAUUCCCUGUCUUCUGGAAAAUACUGUGAAAACAGAGACGAAUGCUGGCAAGACACUCACUGUGGUGUGCACGGCAAGUGCAUUGAUACGCAAUCAUCAUCCUAUCCCAAGCUUAAGUGCUUCUGUGAGGCGGGCUGGUUUGGACUUGAUUGCAAUAAAGAAUCGCCUGUGAAAGAUAUCAACCAUUGCUUGCAUACUCAUCGGAUGCUCACUGAUGAUUCUAACCUUUACUGGAGAAUAUUAGGUUCCAGCGAGAUUGAGAUAAUUUUACACGUGACGGGUUCCAGCUGGGCUGCGAUUGGUUGGAGACCGGACGAUGCAGAUGGAGGUAUAACGUCAUCGUGUCGGAGCUUUCCUUCUCUUCCUGGAUAUCCCAGUACACAUCGAGACACCGGAGGUGGUGUUGGAGAACAUGCUGCAAGACUUCACGCGAUGGAUUGCACGGAUAUGGUCGUGGCGCAGGUGAGAGGGAGCUACAGUCGCGUGAGGGACUCCUACACUCGUGAUAUUUCCAGCCCUCGCGAAGAUGCUUUCUAUGGGGGGACUGACAGCCUGACUGCUGCCCUUGCCAUGGAAACCUUAGUGGACGGCAAGCCAACUACCUGGCUGUUGUUUCGAAGGAAUCUUACAGCGACAGAGCCAAGUGAUCACAGCUUUACUAAUAAGACGAUGCAUGUGAUAUGGGCUAAAGGGCAGCCCUCGGAGUUGAACUGUCACUUGGGGACGCAGGUGCCUUCCAAUUCCAGCUUCUACGUCGCAGACGACUUAAAGUACCAUGGGUGUGAUCUAAAACAGAGAGGAAGGCUAAAGAUCAACUUUAUCGUGGACGAGAGCGGGCCGUGCUUCGGCAGCUACUGGCACCCGUUCGACUGCAGCGUGCGCGACCGCACGUGCGACUACUACGCGUCGUGGCAGUACAGCCAGCUAGAGGACGACGUGCAGUUCACGCUGAAGGUGAAGGACCUCGGCAGCAAGUGGACCGGCAUCGGCUUCUCGCACGACCGCCAGAUGAAUGAGAGUGAUGCAGUUAUAGCAAGGAUGGCAGAGAAAGGGUACUACAGCAUAACAGACAGGCAUAUAAUUGACAAGUCUGUGAACAUAGAUCCGAGGCAGAACAUAUACAACAUCAGUGCUUCUCCGUCGGGUAACAUUACGACCUUCACCUUUGCACGGAAGCGUAUUACAGAGGAUCCGAACUUUGAUCUUCUGUUCAGCGAUGAGGGAUUUUACAUGUUCUUCCCUUACAGUGGUGGCAGUGUCAACGAAACAUCUGGCGAACUUAGUAGGCAUUUUUUGAUUCCCGCCAUUUCGUUCGACCGAAUCUGUAUCGGACCAUGUGCUGUACGAAGAAAUGCGACGCCUCCGCCAUAUCAGACUCGGACGCACGCGACGGAGAUGUGCGAGGGAAACAUAUACUUUCCGGCUGGAUGCAGCCGUAGCGAGAUGGGGUGCGAGUACACGAUGACAUGGAUUUAUAACAGCUCGAAGGAUGACAUCAUGUUUAAGAUAACCACUACCCACGCAAACAACAAAUGGACAGGCGUGGGGUUCUCUGAAGACAUGUACAUGGCAAAUAGUGAUGCUAUUAUUGGCUACACUUACGUAGACGGCGAACGACUGUUCAACAUUACUAACCGGUGGAUAGUUGAUGCCAACGAUUCACCAGCUAUUGAUCCAGAUCAGUCAACCAUUUACAAUCUUAGUGGAAACUAUGUAAAUGGUAGCCUUACGUUGCAGUUUACUAGGAAGCUCAAUACGAAUCAAAGCACCGACUUGCAGUUUGGAAACGGCAGAUGCUACUAUGUGUUUAUCCCAUUCAUGGGUGGCAAGUUCUACCCACCGAGUGGCAAGCUGAAACAGCAUGUGAAGAAACCUGUGAUCACUGGGAAACAAGUUUGCUUCACAACAUGUCCAGGUUCUACUACACCAGCACCCACGACUCUUCCCAUGACAACAAAAGAGUCUGUGCCAAGCACGGAGGUGACACUAACAACGAUCGAUAACAAUAUAUCUACGUCAGCGAUACCGACGACUGAACACUCGUACAAUGUCUCGUUCGCCAUGGACAUGCAGUGGCAUGGUAGCCUAACUAAUAGCAACACUACAGAGUACCAGAAACUUGCAGAUGAUGUGCAGACUGCUUUGAACAACACUCUACAGGAGGUGGAUGGCUACCAGGAUGCCACUGUUAUAGGGUUCGAUCAGGGAUCUGUCAUUGCAAAUACACAGGUGAUAGCUGUCGGAGCUGACGGCUCGGUCACACUCCUCGCCAUAGAGAACACGCUGAACGACUCGAUCAACUCCGGCCAGAUGGGCGACUUGAACGUGCUCCCCGGCAGCCUGAGCGUGCGCAUCAACGUGCCAACGACGACCGUGAUCGUGCCAUCCACGACUACCGAGCAAGAUAUCUCAGCAUCGCCGCUAAAGGGUGACAAGACGUGGAUAUACACUAUCUCCUCUGCAGCCGUGUUUGUCGUGCUAGUCAUGGCAAGUAUAGCCGGCUUUGUAAUUUGGCGCAAGGAAAAGCGAGCAAGGCAAAUGGACCAGAAACCUGAAACAGCUGCUGAUGACUGGGGAACGGGCGCCACGACCAACCCUGGACACAGUCGAUACUCCUCCGUCCGGGGUCGACGCGACAUAGAUCAGAUGGCGUACGAUAUGUUCACCCUGCGUCCGCGGCCAUUCACCGAAGCCAGCUGGAUGACAGAGUGGACAGAGCUGCAAUCCACACGAAUCUCUAUGAGUAAUGGCUCACGCUCGCACAAUAGUGGCAGCGAGUUGAACAGGCGACACAGCAGGUCCAGCACGGUGUGGGGAACGGGCAGCAGCAUCGGCUUGGACACCGAAGACCAUCUGGAUGGCUUUGACAGUGAAUCUCCAGGCGGCGGUGUGCCCGUCUCCGCGACCACGGCGGCAGACGUGCAUCAUUCUGGCCAUCCGACUACGGUCGAAAGUUUAGACUACUUUUGAUGGCAGUUACCACCAUAGUGUCUACAUGGAAGCCUCUCCUGACAGCAAAAUCUACCAGACCAUUUUAGGACAGUGGCUGAUCAGACUUCAGUGCAUCAGUGUAUCAUUGAUAGAUCACUGAUAGUUUUUUUAUCAUAUUUUUGCUUAUGGAAUGUAGUAUAAUAUCAAAUUCGGUUAAUUCCCAGUUAUUUUGGAUACCAAGAUACUUCCAGAUAUUUUAAUACGGUUGCGUUACCUCGAAUGGCAUAGGUAUUUAGUCCGUUUAUUGUAAUAUUUCCUAUUGACAAGUGUAUUUAUGGGUAGUUUUUCUCACCUUUUCGUUUUCCACGUUUGCGUCAAUAUUUUAAGCGUGUAUGACAUGAGUUGGGUACGCAUCACUGCCACUAUAACUCAACUAGUUCGGUACUAUUUAUUCUGCCCAAUCGUGUUAUUGGAGCCAGGAAUAAACUAGGGAAAUCGUGUAAAUACUGUUGAUACAAGAGGCCUGUCAGAUUUGCCUAGGUAUUGUUGAAUUUUCACCGUACUCUACAUUGAACUGGUGAAACAGGAAACAGAUUGAUAUACCUAGUAUGUAAAGGUGCUAAACUACCUGUAGAUAUUAGAAGUUUGUACAUAGAUUUUAAGUGUUUUAAAAAGCACACGUUAAUAUAAUGGAAGUUGCAAUUGAACACAUUGCAUAUAUACAAAAUGUACAUAUUGUGUAAAGUUUUUAUCUACAUUUCAUCGUAUAUGACUUGCUCAAAAUGCGACAUAUCCAGUUGUUACAUAUGAAGAGCAAAAUUUGCAGAAAUAUAAUUUCUGAAUUUCUGUGUCGUAA